UAAUUCAGUCGUAUGUGAAUUGUGGUGUCGGACACAAUAAUAAUCGAAAAUGAUUUUGAUUGUAAUUUUUGCCUUUUUUAUAUUUGUGCUGUAUUUAUACAAUGUUCGAACAUUCAGUUACUGGAAAAAAAGAGGUAUCAAGUACGAAGAACCUGUUCUACUUUUCGGGACAUACAGAAAAGUUUUGAUUGGGAAGCAAAGCAGAUCACAGAUGGCGGAAGCACUGUAUUGGAAGUAUCCCGACGAAGACGUCGUUGGAGGUUUCAAGGCAACCACACCAGAAUUAAUCAUAAGGAAUCCAGAACUGAUAAAAGAGGUUCUUAUCAAUGAUUUCUCAUCAUUUUACAGACGUGGAUUAGUUACUCAUAAAACAGUUAUGGAGCCUCUAAGAAAACACUUAUUUUCUCUUGACGGAGAUCUUUGGCGCUUGUUGAGACAAAGAAUGACUCCAGCAUUCACAAGUGGAAAACUAAAAGCAAUGUUCCCUUUAAUUGUGGAACGAGCUGAGAAAUUACAGUCAUACACUUUAGCAGCCGCCUCUCAAAAUCGUUCCCUGAAUGCACGUGACCUCAUGGCUCGCUUCACCACUGACUUUAUUGGUGCCUGUGGUUUCGGAAUAGACUCUGACUCAUUGAAUGAAGAAAACUCAGAGUUCCGUAAACUCGGCGCAAGCAUAUUUUCUGUCACAACACGAGAUAUUAUAGUUAUUAUCCUGAAAGAAAUGUUUCCUGAGCUCUUCAAAAAUUACAAGGUGUUCGUGAGAGUCGAAAGCGACAUAUUGGGUUUGGUGAAACAAAUAAAAAUCAAAAGAAACUAUCAGCCAUCGGGUCGCAACGACUUCAUAGAUCUGCUUUUAGCCUGUCAAAAGAAAGGUGUUAUGGAAGGUGAAUCCAUAGAAAAACUCAACCCUGAUGGUACUCCCGUACGGGUGUCAGCUGAAUUGGAUGAUGAUUUGUUCGCUGCCCAAGUGUUUGUAUUUUUUGGUGCAGGGUUUGAAACAUCUGCAUCUUCAACUAGUUACACAUUGCAUCAACUAGCAUUCAAUCAGGAUGUUCAAAAAAAAGUUCAGAAUGAAAUUGAUACUGUACUUGAUAAAUAUAACGGUACAUUAUGUUAUGAUGCUGUGAAAGAGAUGACAUACUUAGAUUGGGCGUUUAAAGAAGGAUUAAGAAUGUUCCCCUCCCUUGGAUACCUCAUGAGAGAGUGUACGUCAAAGUAUACGUUCAAAGAUAUAAAUUUAACUAUAGAUAAAGAUGUCAAAGUAUUGAUUCCAGUACAGUCGUUGCACAUGGACCCAAAAUAUUGGGAUAACCCUGAAGAAUUUCGUCCGGAAAGAUUUGACCCGGAUAAUUUUAGUUCCAGACAGAAAUUGGUUUAUUUUCCGUUCGGUGAAGGACCACGAAAUUGUAUAGGUAGUCGCCUGGGUUUGAUGCAAUCACUGGCUGGUCUGGCGGCCAUUCUGUCGAAAUUCACCGUGGAACCUGCGCCUGAGUCGAUGAGACAUGUUGAAGUCAAUCCUAAAUCGAACGUUGUUCAAGGUGUUAAGAACAAUAAUUUGCCACUUAUGUUUAGAGAAAGAAAAAAAAGUUGUGCGCGAGCCCGACUCGCACUUGGCCGGUUUUUUAUAUUUUUAUUGUAUUUAUACAAUGUUCGAACAUUUAGUUACUGGAAAAAUAGAGGAAUCAAGUACGAACAACCUGUUAUAUUUUUUGGGACAUAUAAGAAAGUUGUGUUUUGGAAACAAAGCAGAUCACAGAUGGCAGAAGAACUAUAUUUGAAGUAUCCCGAAGAAGACGUCGUUGGAGGUUUCAAGGCAACCACACCAGAAUUAAUUAUAAGGAAUCCAGAGCUGAUAAAAGACGUUCUUUCAAGUGACUUCUCAUCAUUUUACAGUCGCGGAUUCAAUGCUCAUAAAACAGUGUUAGAGCCUUUAAGAAAAAACGUGUUUUCACUUGACGGAGAUCUCUGGCGCUUAUUGAGACAAAGAAUGACUCCAGCAUUUACAAGUGGCAAACUAAAAGCUAUGUUCCCAUUAAUUGUAGAACGAGCUGAGAAAUUACAGUCACGCACUUUAGAAGCUGCCUCUCAAAAUUGUUCCUUGAAUGUGCGUGACCUCAUGGCUCGCUUCACCACCGACUUUGUUGGUGCUUGUGGCUUUGGAAUAGACUUUAACACAUUAAAUGAAGAAAACUCAGAGUUUCGUAAAAUCGGUGUAAAAAUAUUUUCUACCACAAUGCGAGAUGUUGUGAUUAGAAUAGUGAAAGAAUUGUUUCCUGAGAUCUUCAAAAAAUUAAAGGUAUUCGGGAACAUAGAAAAUGACGUAAUGGAUUUGGUGAAACAAAUACAAAUCAAAAGGAACUAUCAGCCAUCGGGUCGCAACGAUUUUAUAGAUCUACUUCUAACCUGUCAGCAAAAAGGUGCUAUGGAAGGAGAAUCCAUAGAAAAACUCAACCCUGAUGGUACACCCGUGCAGGUGUCAGCUGAAUUGGAUGAUGAGUUAUUCACUGCCCAAGUGUUUCUGUUUUUUGCUGCAGGGUUUGAAACCUCAGCAUCUUCAACAAGUUACACAUUGCAUCAACUAGCCUUCAAUCCGAUUAUUCAAAAAAAAGUUCAAAAUCAAAUUGAUACUGUACUUGAUAAAUAUAAUGGUUCGCUGUGUUAUGACGCAAUAAAAGAGAUGACAUACUUAGAAUGCGCAUUUAAAGAAGGAUUGAGAAUGUUUCCCUCCCUUGGAUACCUCAUGAGAGAGUGUACGUCAAAGUAUACGUUCAAAGAUAUAAACCUUACUAUAGAUAAAGAUGUUAAAAUAUUGAUUCCAGUACAGUCGUUGCAUAUGGACCCAAAAUACUGGGAUGACCCUGAAGAAUUUCGUCCAGAAAGAUUUGACCCGGAUAAUUUUAGUUCCAGACAAAAAAUGGUUUAUUUUCCGUUCGGUGAAGGACCACGUAAUUGUAUAGGUAGUCGCCUGGGUUUGAUGCAAUCACUGGCUGGUCUGGCGGCCAUUCUGUCGAAAUUCACCGUGGAACCUGCGCCUGAGUCGACGAGACAUAUUGAAGUCAAUCCAAAAUCGAACGUUGUUCAAGGUGUUAAGAACAAUAAUUUGCCGCUUAUGUUCAAAGUAAGAAAUAAAAAUAAUUGAAAUUCACUUAUUUUGAAACCAAUGAGACUACUAUAUUUUUUGUUGGUUACAAUAUUAUCAAGGUAAUAAUAAUAUUAAGUAAUAAUAUAUUAAUUUAUAACAUAAA